CCUCCUAUGCCAUCCCAGGCUCCUCCUUCUUCUCUUUCAAGCUCCUCCAGCCCGGAACAACUCUGUGGAGGCCUAAGCAGGCAUUUUUCUGCAGCCACAUUUUACCUGGACUCACUUUUGCUGAGCUUCCUCCUUUGCUGCUUGUGAGGUACCUGUCACUUGUAGCAGCAGAAGUUAACAGAUGCUUCAGAAACACAAGUGACAUCUUCUGGAUUAUGAAAGCAAAAAUCCUACAAGAAGCUUUUUUUCAAAAAUCUAUGCAAUCAUUUUGACUACAGUAUCGUGAAACCCAUUGGCCUGUUUUUACUUGCACUUGACUGAAGUACUCAUCAUGGAGCCUCUGUUGCCCAGAAUGAAGUUCAUGCAAGAGCUGAAAAGAAUUGCCUUGUUGUAUUUAGUUUUUAUGUGUCUGGUGGUCUUAGUUUGCCCUGAUCAAGACUACUACAAUUUACUUGGAAUAUCUAAAGAAGCAACAAGCAGAGAAAUAAGACAGGCUUUCAAAAAAUUGGCAUUAAAGUUGCACCCUGAUAAGAAUCAGAAUGAUCCAGAAGCACAUGACAACUUUUUGAAGAUAAACAGGGCUUAUGAAGUAUUAAAAGAUGAAGAUCUACGAAAGAAAUAUGAUAAAUAUGGAGAGAAAGGUUUGGAGGAUCAUCAUGAAGGAGGACGAUAUGAAAGCUGGCACUUCUAUCGCUAUGAUUUUGGUAUCUAUGAUGACGAUCCUGAAAUCAUAACACUGGAUAGAGGGGAAUUUGAUGCUGCUGUUACCUCUGGAGAAUUGUGGUUUAUCAAUUUCUAUUCCCCUCGAUGCUCACACUGCCAUGACUUGGCACCAACGUGGAGAGAAUUUGCUAAAGAAAUGGAUGGAUUAAUACGUAUUGGAGCAGUCAACUGUGGUGAUAACAGAAUGCUCUGCCGAAGUAAAGGAAUUAAUAGCUACCCAAGCCUGUAUGUUUUUAAAACUGGAAUGAAUCCAGUGAAAUACUACGGAGACAGGUCCAAAGAGAGUUUAAUGAAUUUUGCUAUGCAGUUUGUCAAAAGUACAGUGACAGAGUUAUGGGCAGGAAAUUUUGUUAAUGCUGUUGAGACUGCAUUUGCUUCUGGGGUUGGCUGGUUAAUUACCUUCUGUGCAGAACAUGGAGAUUGUUUGACUUCUCGAACACGUCUUAAAUUGGCUGGCAUGUUGGAAGGCCUUGUUAAUGUAGGCUGGAUGGACUGUGCCACCCAGGGUGAGCUUUGUGAUAAUUUGGAUAUCUCAUCUAGCACUACAGCAUACUUCCCACCUGGAGCCACCUUAACUAAUAAAGAAAAAGGAGGUGUUUUGUUCCUGACCUCCUUAGAUGCCAGAGAGAUAUAUUUGGAAGUCAUGCAACACCUUCCAGACUUCACAAUGAUCUCAGCAUCUACCUUAAAGGAUCACCUGGCUCAUCAUCGAUGGCUAAUAUUCUUUCAGUUUGGCCAGAAUAGCAAGUCAGAAGCACAUGAUCUUAAAAAGCUAGGUUUUCUCCUUAAAGAAGAAAAUAUUCAGGUUGGCAGGUUUGACUGCCUUACUGCACCAAAGAUGUGUAACGAUCUAUAUGUUUAUGAACCAUGUGUGGUAGCCUUUAAAGGGAGGGGAUUGGAAGACUAUGAAAUCCAUCAUGGAAAGAAAAUUCUACAUGACAUAGUGGCUUUUGCUAAGGAGAGUGUGAAUUCUCAUGUCAUCACGCUUGGACCUCAAAACUUUCCUGGCAAAGAGAAGGAACCAUGGCUUGUUGACUUCUUUGCACCUUGGUGUCCUCCUUGUCGAGCUUUAUUGCCAGAAUUGAGGAAAGCAUCAAAGCAGCUCUACAGUCAAUUGAAAUUUGGUACUCUAGACUGUACCAUUCAUGAAGGGAUUUGCAACAUGCACAACAUUAGAGCUUACCCAACAACUGUGGUUUUCAAUCAGUCCAACACUCAUGAAUAUGAGGGACAUCACUCUGCUGAACAGAUCUUGGAGUUUAUAGAGGAUCUGAUGAACCCAUCUGUAGUUUCUUUAACACCUGAGACCUUCAGUGAGUUGGUGAAGAAACGGAAGGAAAAUGAAGUUUGGGUGGUGGAUUUCUACGCUCCAUGGUGUGGUCCUUGCCAAGCUUUAAUGCCAGAAUGGAAGAGGAUGGCCAGGUUGCUGAAUGGAAUGAUCACAGUUGGCAGUGUGGACUGCCAAAAGUAUUUCUCUCUUUGUCAUCAAGAAAAUGUUCAAGGUUAUCCUGAAAUAAGACUCUUCCCACGGAAAUCAGUUUCAGCCUAUCAGUAUUAUAGCUACAGUGGCUGGCACAGAGAUGCCUAUUCACUGAGAAGAUGGGCACUAGGGUAUUUACCUCAGGUAUCUCUGGACCUGACACCUCAGAGCUUCAGUGACAAAGUUCUGAAUGGAAAAGAUCACUGGGUCAUUGACUUCUUUGCUCCUUGGUGUGGCCCUUGCCAAAAUUUUGCACCAGAAUUUGAAAUCCUAGCUAAGGCUGUUAAAGGAAAAGUGAAAGCUGGCAAAGUUGACUGUCAAGCUCAUGCUCAUAUUUGUCAAUCUGCUGGCAUCAGGGCAUAUCCAACGGUUAAAUUUUAUCCUUAUCAUGGAACAAAGAAAAAUGAAUUUGGGGAACACAUAGAUAGCCUCGAUGUGAAAGCCAUAGCUGAACAACUGAUGGUGAAAGUAGAAGAAAUUAAAAAGAAGAAAAAAUCUUCCAGAAAGAAGGAUGAACUCUGAGUCAUGGACUGAAUUCCAAACAUACCGAGGCUGUAGCAGUUAAAAUAUUGGACUGUGUUCUUCAGGAAGGAAAAAAGAAACGCCAGGGGGAUUCAAGGACACACUGAUUAUCCCCAAAGAUGCUGCAUAACUUACUCUGAAUGAUCCAAAUGAGACUGGCAGUCAUCGUGAUAUGCUACCUCUGUCCUGAAGAGGAUUUAAUGCUCUGGUUAGGGACUUGAGACUUGGUCAGUAGGGGAUCUGUAGGACUUUUCCUUCAGUCCUCUGAAUCUCUCCUUCUCCCUACAGAACAGUCUUAACCUGUGCUGAAAAGAAAACCUAAUUCCACCUGUGAAGCAAUUCAUGAACAGACUACUCUGCAGGCUAGAAAGCUAGACGAGAACAAUCUCUGCUUCCCAUGAGAAGUAAAAGAAUGAUCAGAAGAACUCUUUUACCUCUGUAUUGCAGUCAGUAAGCUUUUUGCCCAGGAUUCACUAAGUAACUGAAAAGUAUGUGUUCAGCUUCUGUAGCAUUUGAGUAUUCUUCCAAUGACUUGGAAGAACACUCAAAUCUUUUUUAUGGUUUCAGUAUAUGUCGAUUUGGGGGAGGGAGGGGCUUCCCUGUGUGUUGGUUCUUUUAUUCAGAUAUUAAUCUGCCUUGUACAGAUUUUGGCUUAGCCUUUGGGGAAACUCCUGCAUGCGCCUGAAAACGGUGAUACUGGAUUCUUUUUAUGAGAUGCAGCAGUGGCAUCCACUAGGUGGCAGCAAGUUAGUUUGUUAUUGGUUGGAAUAGCUGAAAGCCAACACCAGCAAGGCUAUUUCAAUGGUCCCUUAACUCCCAGUUUCUCUCAGUUGGACUGGUAAGCCUGAUUAGAAAUGAAACCUAAACUUUUUGGCAUCAAAGCUGAUGUAUGCUGAAAAACAAAUGCAAAAACUAUGUAUUACAAUGUUGAUUUUCCACAGACUUCAGAGUACAUCAAUUUGGACUUGUUCCGUAGGUUUCAAAGCAGGAUACUCCUGUCUAGGUUUGAGGCAUACAUUUAAACCAUUUUCCUACCAGCCUCUUCUGUCUUCAGAGCAGAAUUGUAAAAUGUAAAUGCUGCUCUUUUUGUGCAGCAUUUCAAGUGCCUUCUGAAUGUAGUGGUCACUGGAGGAUUUUUUUUUUUAGGUUUUCCUCAUUAGACUGUCAAUCUGGCAUCAGUGUUGGAAGUGUAGUGUCCUUGAUGUGCAGAAAUACAGUGUAUAUUUUUGACAGUGUUGAAUUAACACUUGCCAACAUUUCAAAUCAUUUGUCUGUAUUAAUAUCUGUACUGUAGUUGCUGUCCUGACAUUAAUUUCUCACACUGGAAAUUUGGAAGAAUAACGUUCUCACUAAAAAUGGACUAUCAGGUUCCUGUUGGCCAUUAGUAAUACAUCACCUUUGCAAAAGGGUAGAUUCUAUCCAUACCUUGCAUGUAUUUGUAGAGACAGGCUUGAUGGGCAUCUGAAUAACUCUGCAUAUGCAAAGAUCGGGCAAUCUUUAACCACAUUUCUAUUAUCCUUGAGGUUUACGUGUUACACAGAGGCAGCUCAACUGUGAAUAUGCUUCUAUUAUUAAAUUACCAGAUUUUCAAGGGUAAGGUCAUAGAUACUUACAUUUUACAU